GAUGAGAAAAACCCAGGCAGAGAGGGAAAGGAACUUGCCCAGGGCCACACAGCCACUGACAGCACUGACCUUGUACCCAGAGAAAUAUAGUGCCCCAACCCCUGGCCCACCAUUUUGCCUCAACCUUACCAGAAGGUUGAGAAAUCCAAAAAAAACCGGGGCCAAAGUCCUGAAUGGCACACAAAAAAACCCAGGUUCCAACCACUGGGUAAAUGACCUCCCCUAACCACGGAGAGAAGAGCUGAGGUCUUCCUGCUUCAGGGGGUUGACGGAGGACUCCCCAGGUGUGCCCGCCGGCUCAAUGUGCCAUUCCAGCUGGCCAUGAGCCCUAAGGCUGCACCCCAGGAAUUCCAGGGAGGUGGGAGGGGAUUAAGGUUGCCUGGGAGAAUAAAUGAGGGGGUGAGGGUGGAGCGAGACCGUUUAAGAGCAGCCCUCGCCCCCAGACAUUUAAAGCUGCAGGGCACAUCUGGAGCAGACCUUAGCUGACCUUCCAGGACACACCACUGCCCCUGCAGCUCAGCAGCUCCUCCUACUUCCUUUCUCCACCCCAUUUCUGGAGCUUGGAGAACCCAGUGCUACUGGUGCCCAUGGAGAUGAAAUAGCCCGAGCUCCCAGACCUGCCCUCCCCCGCUUUGUCCUCCAGGCGCCGGAAGCCGCUUUCACCAUGGACAGUGUCAGCACAGCCAUCUUGCUCCUGCUCCUGGGUUUUGUCUGUCUGCUCCUGACCCUCAACUCAAGAGGCAAGGGCCGGCUGCCCCCAGGACCCAAACCCUUCCCAGUCCUGGGAAACCUGCUACAGCUCCGCUCCCAAGACAUGCUGACUUCCCUCACCAAGCUGAGCAAGGAAUAUGGCUCAGUGUACACAGUGCACCUGGGGCCCAGGCGGGUGGUGGUCCUCAGCGGGUACCAAGCCGUGAAGGAAGCCCUCGUGGACCAGGGGGAAGAGUUUAGUGGCCGCGGAGACUACCCCGUCUUUUUUAACUUCACUAAGGGCAAUGGUAUCGCCUUCUCCAACGGGGACCGGUGGAAAGUCCUGAGGAGAUUCUCCGUCCAGAUUCUCCGCAACUUCGGGAUGGGCAAGAGGAGCAUUGAGGAGCGGAUCCUGGAGGAGGGCAGCUUCUUGCUGGCAGAGCUGCGGAAGACGGAAGGUGAGCCCUUCGACCCCACGUUUGUGCUGAGCCGCUCCGUGUCCAACAUCAUCUGCUCGGUGCUCUUCGGGAGCCGCUUCGACUAUGACGACGAGCGUCUCCUCACCAUUAUUAGCCUCAUCAAUGACAACUUCCAAAUCAUGAGCAGCCCCUGGGGAGAGAUGUACAACCUCUUCCCAAGCCUCUUGAACUGGGUGCCUGGGCCGCACCGACGCCUCUUCCAAAAUUUCGGGAGGGUAAAGGACCUCAUUGCCCACAGUGUCCGCGACCACCAGGCCUCGCUGGACCCCAACUCGCCCCGGGACUUCAUCGACUGCUUUCUCUCAAAAAUGGCGCAAGAGAAGCAGGACCCGCUGAGCCACUUCUGCAUGGACACUCUGCUGAUGACCACGCACAACCUGCUCUUUGGUGGCACCGAGACCGUGGGCACGACGCUGCGCCACGCCUUCCUCGUGCUCAUGAAGUACCCGGAAGUGCAAGCCGGUGUCCAGGAGGAGAUCGACCGGGUGGUGGGGCGCGCGCGGUUGCCGUCGCUGGAGGACCGCGCGACCAUGCCCUACACCGACGCCGUGAUCCACGAGGUGCAGCGCUUCGCCGACGUCAUCCCCAUGAACUUGCCGCACCGCGUCAUCCGGGACACGGCUUUCCGCGGCUUCCUGCUACCCAAGGGCACAGAGGUGAUUACGCUCCUCAACACCGUCCACUACGACCCCAGCCAGUUCCAGACCCCGCAGAAGUUCAAUCCUGAGCAUUUCUUGGAUGAAAACCGCUCCUUCAAGAAGAGCCCCGCCUUCAUGCCUUUCUCAGCUGGGCGCCGGCUGUGCCUGGGCGAGUCGCUGGCGCGCAUGGAGCUCUUCCUCUACCUGACCGCCAUCCUGCAGAGUUUCUCGCUGCGGCCGCUGGGGGCGCCCGAGAGCAUAGACCUGACCCCGCUCAGCUCCGGGCUGGGCAAUUUGCCGCGGCCCUUCCAGAUGUGCCUGCGCGCGCGCUGACGCCCCGGCCCCUGCCCCUCCAGAUGUGCCUGUGAACGCGCUGACGCCCCAUCCCCCGACCCUUCCAGAUGUGCCUGCGCGCGCGCUGACGCCCCAGCCCCUGCCCCUCCAGAUGUGCCUGUGCACGCGCUGACACCCCGGUCCCUGGACC